AUCAAAAACGGCUCUGAGGAUUACAUACACAGUCUAAGUCUCUUCGUCUUCAUCCACACAUAUAUGUCCCCUAUAAAGUUUAUGUAAAACAUUCAGUCAAGACAAAUGCGCUACGUGGGAAGUCUGCAGGUUUUUAGACUUGUGACGAACACAUUCAGUAUAUCUGAAGCUUCAGCAUGUGGCUCGGAAUCCUAGUGCGUGACAUAGUUGUCCCAUUGACCUUGGCUUUUUAAAUGCCCCACAAGUGCCCUGGUAAACACCGAUUUAGAUAUAUGUUUGAUCACAGACCAACUUGAAGGUGAAUAGCGGUUUUCCCCUUUUUGGAGGCCACUUAAAAGAAAGGAAGGCCAAUUAGCUUCCGGGAUGAACAGAGCAGAAAACUCAAAGCUGUUGCAGCAAACGAAGCGUAGAAACAUUCAAGUGUGCUCGUGAAACACUGACACGGCGGUCAUGUGACACGUGACAAGUAGGACGAUCCAUCGGUUGGCGAUGACUUAAAGAAGGCUGGAAAAUAUUUUGUUUUACAAGGUUCAUAAAUCAGAUCUUCGUAGACAACCCCACUUCCCGGAUAAAGCCCAGUACCUUCCCAGGAAAAUACGUGUUACAAACUUACAAAGUACAGGUGAAGUAAAUACUGGUGCAGAUGACAAACAUUUUCAUGUGUUUGACACGCGCCAGGUGACAUACAUUAUGAUCACCACUGCGAACCCCAGGCUACGGCAUCUCUACGUGGUCUGGGCUGCUCUGGAAAACGUCGGCUUUGGAGGUCUGGUCUACGGCUGGGGUUCUCUAGUGUACGUCUUAAGGGAUGAAGGCCUCUACCUGGAUUUGUGUGAGAAUCUUACUGAUGUAAAUCCUGGGUUCAGGAACGAAACAAAUAAAGAUUGCCAUGCCAGGUCCUCGAAGCUGGAGCUCGUCUACACGUUCGCUUCCGUCAGUGUGGGCGUCGGGAGCUUCGUCUUAGGUCAGGUCAACCUCAAGUGGGGCACGAGAACGUCCAGGAUAAUAGCCUCUUUGGUGUUUAUGAUUGGGGCGUUCAUGAUUGCAGGUGUAACCAAUGACACACCCUGGCUGAUAUUCCCUGGACUCUCCUGUGCUGCAUUUGGUGGCAUUGCUUUUCUCACCACAAACUACCAGAUCGCAAACUUGUUUACCGUGGGCAGAGGGGCAGUGGUUGGUAUACUGAAUGGAGCCUUCGAUUCCUCAGACGGCAUACAACUGAUGAUUAAAUUUGGCUACGAGAGUGGUGUAUCAAGAAGAACCUCCUUCCUGGUCCUAGCCUGCACUCACACCUUGACCUUUGUAUCUACGUGUUUCUUUCUGCCUAAAGACUUCAUUCAUGCUCCACACCAGACAAGCGAGCCUCUCGACUGGGAUCACAAAGACCCCAGGAGGAAGCAGUCAGCAGCAGAGCCAGAAGGAAGCUUCCGGCAUCUAUUUCGGCACCUCUGUAGCUCGAGUUAUCUCCUCCAUUUGUGUUGGUUGUCAGUUCUGUAUCUCAGGUUCAGCGCAGUCCUGGGCUCCAUGAACAGAACUCUGCAGAGGCAGCUGGUCUCACAAGAUGAAGUCAGCAGGUUCACUAACAUUCUGUUAUACACCAUGAUGGGAGGCAUUGUGACGUCACCGCUGUCCGGGGCCUUCCUGGAAUUAAACGUCGUCUGCUUCAAACAUUGUAGCAGAUCGUCGUUCGCUCAAACUAUGAAGCCAUUGGUGAUUCCCCUAGCAUUGGCGACUACGUUUGGCGCUGUGAUGUCAACUCUCGUACUCUUUGAGAACCCUUCCAACCUGUACGCUGUUUUUAUCUUCAUCUUGUUAUUACGCUCUUCCCUCUUCACUUUCAGCUGUGCCUACAUAAUACACAUGUUUCCAAGUCAAUACCUUGUCAGCAUAAUUGGUAUCACGACGCUGAUUGGUAGCUCAGUAUCGUUGUUCCAGCAUGCAAUAUUUGAAUGGUCAGAAUACAGACCGGAAAUACAGGCCAAUGUGUUUCUACUCGUUCUGACAUGUUUGACCUACAUUCACCCAGCCUGGCAGCUAAUCAAAUGCCACAAAUUGGAACAACAUACGUUGCUAGGAUACGAUACUAUAUGACACAGCACUGAAGUUAAAAAUGUUGAUUUGCGAAAGAAAUAAAACAAUUAAAGCCUCAAAAAUA